UGUUGAGAGUGGUGUCAGUCGUGUAGUGUCUGUCAGUCUUUAAUAUAUAGACUUCACUCCAACUCUACAACAACUCUCUACUCUUCUCUCUCUCAGAUCUUUAAGGCGUUGGCUCUCAAUGUGUGUCCACUCUAUGGCUAUAUAGCUAUGACACCGACUGUCGGACACUAAUCAACCACUGAAUCAGUGAUUAUUUACUUUCAUAGUAUUAUUUGGUGGUGUUGUCAGUGAUAUCUGUGUUUGUCAUUAAAUCCAAUUCAUCUCAUAAGUCAAUUAGUAGUACGAUGUGGACGGCAACAGUAGGUUUAGUCAACAAUCAACACAAGUAUUUGACUGCCGAGACAUUUGGCCAUAAGAUCAACGCUAAUGGUGUGACACUCAAGAAGAAGCAACAGUGGACUAUAGAGCCCUUCCCUAUCAAUGCUAACGGAUCUGACUAUUCAAAUGGCAAUCGUUUGGAUGAUUUGGAUGAAUUGGAAAAUAUUGCCAUCAAAUCACACCUAAACUGCUAUUUGGCGGUCGACUCUUUCGGUAACGUGACCUGUGAGUCACCCGAUAAGACUGAAGGCUCCCGAUUUACUAUUACCAUUUGCUCCAUGUCCUCAUCAACUACACCGGGACAACCACAACAAGAGCAAAUUUCAUGGGCUUUCCGUAACGUUUCUCGGGGCUAUUAUUUGGGCACAACUGGUGAUGGUAUGAUUCAAUGCAAUGCAAAGAUGCCACAGUCGAGGGCCGAGUUAUGGCACGUACAUCUGAUACCAGCCCGCGGGGCCUCAAUGUUUGCCAUUAAGUCUAUUGGCAGGAAACGGUAUGCCCGAGCAAUUUCUGCCAACUCAGGUCAAAUUAACGGCGCGAGCAAUGACAGUGAUAAUAGUGAGCAAAUUCAAGUGGACUCUACCAAUGCCUGGGGCUCUGAAACAUUGUUUCAGUUCAAAUACUUUGAAGGCGGGAAAUAUGCGUUACUGACAUCCAGUUCCCGAUAUCUGACAAAUGAAGGCACUUGUGUUGAUCCAAACAAAAGCUCGAUAACACCAAUGCCUCCGAUUGAGUGCUUAUUUACAAUUGAAUAUCAUUGCGGAAACAUUGCUUUUAGAGACAACGCGGGAAGAUAUUUGGCCGCCGCCGGGAGGGCAUCAUUAUUAAGGUCGCGAUCGACUCAUGUAACCAAAGAUGAACAGUUUGAGUUUGAAAUGGCACCAAUACAAGUAGCACUCAGGGCUACUUUCAAUAAUAAAUGGGUGUCCACUAAACAGGGCGUUGAUUUGUCUGCCAAUCAAAAUGAAUUGACAAAACAAGAGACUUUCCAAUUUGAAUAUAACAGUAUAGAUAACAGUUGGUAUAUAACCACUUUUGAUGGUCAUUAUUGGGCAUUAGGAGGUGCUUCCACUAUACAGACGAGCAAAGAUUUUACUACAAAAACCAGUUUUAAAUUGAAGUGGAAUCCCGAAGACGGCUCGUGUUCUUUGGCUGUCAAUGAUGGCAAAGGAGGUGACGAGAGUUCAAUCAAAUGGAUCGGCGCUCGAAAAUCUGGUCAACUGUUUACGUGUACAUCAGACUCGGCCGUCAAGUUUUUUAUGAAAUUUUUGAACCGAACUUCUAUUAAUCUGAGAGCCAGUAAUGCUUCUGGUUUUGUUGGACUCAAACUUCCCGGUUCGGGAAAAUUGGAGUCAAAUAAGACAACACCGGAUUCAAUACGUAUAGAAUAUGCCAAUUCUGAUAAUAAUGGACUCGACUUUUCCGAUAUCGAUCUUACUUUCAACUGUUGUUAUCUGAAAAUGAUGUCAAACAACAAAUAUUUGAGUUUAAUUGAAAACAACUGUUUGGCGGCCGACGCCUCUUCCGCCGCUUGCGGACAACAAUUUCAGACAGAGUUACGCAACGGAACACAGAUUGCUAUUAAAACAUUUGAAUCCAAUUCUAAUUAUUUAAAUCUUACCAAAAAUGGAUCAAUAGUUGUAUCCAAUUGUUUGCCAGAAUCGGCCACUCUUUGGGAGUUUUGAGUCAAUUCUUUCAUUUCAAAUCAUAUCAAUUAAUCUCUUACUCUAUAAUCUCUUAUCUUUGAACCUAUUUUUAAAAGAUAUUGUGAAUGAAUCCCAUUUAAUGUAUGUUUAAAGUUGGAUAUAUUAUUUUAGGAACUAUUAUAGCGAAUCGACAAUACUU